AUGGUUCGGCUUUCAGGGCACCAUGAACACGAUAUCGUUCCUGGGACGAUUCUUCUUCUCGAACUACCUGACUCAGGCAAUCCAAAUACACACCACGACGAAAUUGUUCUGCAGCCUCAACCCAGUGCAGAUGCGAAUGACCCGCUCAACCGAUCACAGAGCCAGAAGACACUGAUUAUUAGUCUGGUAUAUUUAUACACCUUUGCUAUUGGUUUAUGCACGUCUGCGCAAGCCUCUAUUCUGACCCAGAUUUCCGAUUCCCAAGAUAUCAGUCUUGGAAAUCUUAAUUUGGGCACAGGAUUGAUGCAGUUGAUGCAAGGGUGGUCGAAUCUUUUAUGGCAGCCUCUCGCCAUGACGUACGGUCGCAGGCUGGUCUACAUUGCAACGAUCAUCUUGCCUAUCGGACCGGUCAUAUGGGUACCAUUGGCUCACGGCGCCUCCCAGUGGUAUGCACACCGCAUCAUUUUGGGACUCCUUUGUUCCUCUGUGGAGACUUUGCCCGAGCUAUCUGUCCAGGACAUCUUCUUCGCACAUGAGCGUGGGAAAUACAUGGCGUUAUAUACUUUUGUCCUAUUUGGAUCCAACUUCAUUGCUCCUUUUCUGGCAGGAUUUAUAACCGACGGCGUGGGUUGGCAGUGGGUGAUGUUUUUUGCCACAAUCUUUUUAGCAAUAUGCUCUGCCAUCAUAUUCUUUUUCAUGGACGAAACAAUCUACUUUCGCAAAACACGAGAAGGUAUGGGACAAGAAAAUGAAGUCCACCUAUCCAAAAGAGGUCUCGAGACAACAAUCACUUGCUCAACGCAUCGGGGAACUGAGAUAUCCCUGGACCCAAGAUCUUGGCUGCAGAGACUGGCGAUAGUCACGAAACUGCCCAAUCGUCCAACUCAUAAGCAAAUGUCUAUGAAAAUUUGGCAUUCAUUGACAAUUCCGUUUUUCUUUCCCAAUAUUCUUUGGGCUGGUCUCUUAUAUGGGUCAAACCUUGCUCUUUAUAGUGUCAUCAAUGGCACAAUGUCGGAUAUCCUCGGAUCCAGCCCCUAUAACUUUUCUGCAGCAAUGGUCGGUGUGGCCUAUCUGUCUCCGUUCUUCUUUGGUGGUGUUGCGUCAAUAUGGGCCGGAAAGCUGUCAGAUUCACUCGCAAUCAAACUUGCAAAGCGCAAUGGAGGCAUACGAGAGCCGGAGCAUAGGCUAUGGGCCCUAUGUGUUUCAGCACCCCUUGCUGCCGGAGGCAUACUCAUGUGGGGCGUUGGAGCUAGCCGAGGGGUACAUUACAUGGUUCUGAUUAUUGGAAUUGGCAUCACUACCUUUGGAGUUGUAUGCGCCAGUGCGGUAUCGUUGGCCUAUGCUGUCGACUGUUUCAAAGAAAUGGCUGGAGAGUCCUUUGUCACCAUCAUAAUCAUUCGCAAUACAAUCGGUUUUGUCUUCAGCUACGCCAUCACGCCAUGGAUCAACGCAAUGGGCCUGCAAAAUUGUUUCAUAUCAGUUUCUCUGAUCUCAUUCUUUUGCACGUACACAUUUUUUGCUGUUGUUGUCUGGGGGAAAUCUUGGCGAAGACUGUCUGCCAAACGAUACUGGAAGUUUAUUGAAGAGCAGCUGGAAACAGUUAUCGCUCAGAGUGUAAAUGUUGUGGACUAG